AUGUCGAGCGCCAUCUUGAACCUACACUCGGAGAAGGCUGCCGCUCCCAAGGCGGUUGCACACCUUCUGCCAUGCCGCAUCCAACAUAACGGACUUAUCGACUCGGCGCCGUCCUUCUGGAACCCAACGACAUCUACGGAUGGCAAGUCAAAGGCAUUCUUCCGUGGUCGCGAACUGCACGGCAAAUCAGUUCAGUUGCCCUCGGGCUACCGCGGCAUUGUUGUCGAGAAACAGAACAAAACGAUCGAGGCUCCGAGGCCAGACGCCCCGCCACAAGAGGAAGAGGAUGACGAAGACAAGAUUGAACGAGGCGCACUCCGGGUAACGGCCGAGUUUGAUGAGAUGGUUGUCUGGGGCGCGGAAAGCAUGGCGGACGCGGCGACGGAUCCUUACGUCAGGAGCAUGGAAGAGUGGCUGCAGGUUGCUGAGAGCAUACAUCAGUACGACGAGCCCGCGAGGGACCAACCGGCGACGGCAUGA